UAACCUUUGUCUGGUUCCUGGAACACUUUUGAUGUGAAAGGUACAUGCACUGAGUUUCAUUUCUUACAGAGUUGUCCGUGCUCUCACCUGACUGGAGAACGGGUGAAGACAUGGCUCCAACACUGUUUGACAUUGAUGCAAAGCCAGGGGAUCUGAUUGAAAUCUUUUGUGGGAUGUAUCACCACUGGGCUGUUUUCAUCGGAGGAAAUGAAGUAGUUCAUUUAAUUCCUUCAACACAUGGAGGAGGUGAUCUGUGUGAGUUGUUCACCUUCCUUGACAGCAGCAAAGUUACGGUGAGGCGUCAGAAGAUCUUGGAAGUGGUUGGGUCGAAUCGUUUCCGUGUCAACAACCUACUGGAUGAUGAGUGCCAGCCUCGUGAGCCCGGCAUCAUUGUCAGCGAAGCUCGGAAGAUGGUCGGACAGGAGCGACUGUACAAUGCUGCCACUCAUAACAGUGAACACUUUGUCACAGAGCUUCGAUAUGGCAAACCAGAAUCACGACAGGUUCAAACUGCAGCUGUGAUCGGAGGUGUUGCCACUGCUGGGGUAGCAAUAGCAGUUGUGGGUGCUGCUUUGUUUUCUGCCUUCCGCAAAAAUAAAGAUAAAUAAAUAAAAAAUAAUCUUAAUCAGGUGUUGGCAAAAGUUAGGAUUUAUGUUUUGAUUAUCUGUAAAACUUAAAGAAUGCAUGAAGAAAGGUUAUUUUUUGUAAUAUAGUAUUUGUUUUAAUGUCUGCAAUUAAUAUAUGCAUUUUCCAAUGGAAAUUAUUAUUUAAUGAUGUGAAACAUUAAAAUUAAAGGUUAAUUUUUAACUAACUCUACAUGCUCAUCCGGGAGGAGGGAAUGCUGCAAGUCACUGACUGGAU